GGGUGGAUGGCGAGGCGGCUGGCGAGAGUUAGUGGAAUCCGCUGCUGCUCUCCGUCGUCGCGCAGGGACAGGAGGAACCCUCCGUCCGAGAUCAUAAUGGUAUCUAUCCCAGAAUACUAUGAAGGCAAGAAUGUCCUCCUCACUGGUGCUACUGGCUUCAUGGGAAAAGUUCUUCUAGAAAAGCUACUACGAUCCUGUCCAAAGAUAAAGGCAGUGUAUGUUUUGGUGAGACAUAAAGCAGGGAAGACAUCUCAAGAAAGAGUAGAAGAAAUGAUCAACUGCAAGCUUUUUGAUAGAUUGCGAGAUGAGCAACCAGAAUUUAAAGAGAAAAUUGUUCCAGUUGCUAGUGAUCUUACAGAAGUAGAAAUGGCCCUUAGUGAAGAAGACAAGGAGAAUAUUCUGAACUAUAUUAAUAUUAUAUUCCAUUGUGCUGCUACUGUAAGAUUCAAUGAAAUCCUACGGGAUGCUGUUCAGCUCAAUGUAAUUGCAACACAACAGCUUCUCCUCUUGGCCCAGAAAAUGAAGAAUCUAGAUGUGUUUGUCCAUGUCUCAACAGCAUUUGCAUACUGCAAUCGAAAACACAUUGAGGAAGUUGUUUAUCCACCUCCUGUUGAUCCUAAGAAAUUAAUAGAUUCCUUAGAAUGGAUGGAUGACAGUCUAGUAAAUGAUAUUACACCAAAACUAAUCGGAGAUAGACCCAAUACCUACACAUAUACAAAGGCCUUAGCAGAAUACAUUGUACAGCAGGAAGGUGCAAAAUUAAAUAUUGCCAUUGUAAGGCCAUCAAUUGUAGGUGCCAGCUGGAAGGAGCCUUUCCCUGGAUGGAUUGAUAACUUUAAUGGACCUAGUGGCCUUUUUAUUGCUGCAGGAAAAGGAAUUCUUAGAACAAUGCGAGCCUCAAAUAAUGCAGUUGCCGAUCUUAUUCCCGUAGAUGUAGUCAUCAAUGCAACAAUAGCUGCUGCUUGGUAUUCAGGAGUUAAUAGGUAUAACAGGCCAAGAAACAUUAUGGUAUACAACUGUACAACGGGUGGCACUAAUCCCUUUCAUUGGGGUGAAGUUGAAUGUUACCUAAAUUUGAUAUUCAAGAGGAAUCCUUUAGAACAAGCAAUCAGGCGUCCCAAUGUUAAAAUCCAGUCCAACCCCUUUAUUCAUCAUUAUUGGACUACAGUCGGUCACAUACUUCCUGCGUUCUUAUUCGAUGUUGUUCUCAGGUUGACAGGUCAGAAACCGUGGAUGAUGAAAACAAUAACACGUCUUCACAAAGCUAUGCUGUUACUAGAGUACUUUACAAGUAAUUCUUGGGACUGGAACACAGACAAUGUCAAUAUGCUUAUGAGCCAGCUGAGUCCUGAAGACAAAAAGGCAUUUAAUUUUGAUGUUCGGCAGUUACAUUGGGCAGAAUAUAUGGAAAAUUACUGCAUGGGAACAAAGAAGUAUGUACUGAAUGAAGAAAUGUCUGGCCUCCCAGCAGCUCGGAAACACUUAAAUAAGCUAAGGAACAUACGGUAUGGCUUCAAUACAGUACUUGUAAUCCUUAUCUGGCGAAUUUUCAUUGCAAGAUCCCAAAUGGCAAGAAACAUCUGGUAUUUUGUUGUUAGCCUAUGUUACAAGUUCCUGUCUUACUUCAGAGCAUCCAGCACUAUGAGAUACUAGAGAUGACAUUUCUAGCAUUAGGACAUCUAUGCAUUUGGUGGUCUAAUGGCACAAAGCCGUAUAAUAUACCUACUCACCUUGUCUUUUGUAAAAACAUGAAAUAUUAGAUCUGGAUUGUGAAAUACAGUUCAUGUGAUGCUUAAUUGUGUAUUUCUGUGAAGAUUAUAUGGCUGAUCUGGAUCAAUCAUUAGGCAAAUAUGUAGGUAAAAUAUCCAAGCAGAUUUAAUAUCUUUGUAUGAGGAAAAUGUUAGGCCAUUGACCAGUGUAACUGCAGUUCUGGAAUGCAUUCAAUUAAAAUCUGCCUUAACAUAGUAAACUUAAUUUUUAUUGCAAAUAAGUGCAUUUAGAUAAGGUAAACAAAUUAUUCUCUUAGGUGGCAAUUUAUUUGAGACUUUUAAUCACAGUCGACUUCUCUGGUGAAUCUUUUGAGAGAUAUGUCCUUGUAAAUUAUUUAAACUGGGCACUCUGUUAAUCUUUCCUUCCAGGGACUCUUAACUGUACAAAAAUUACUAAAAGAAAUUGAAUUUUUUUUCUGGUGGUCUGUUGUUACAAGUGCACCUACAGAUCCAGAUUAAUCCAUAGGAAAUGGGUUAACUGUCCACCAUUGAGAACUACACACAAGCAUUAGAAUAUCUACUUGAACACUGUUUCGCUCAGCUAUUUCUUAAGUCCACCACCCAACUAAAAAGGCAGAAUUCUUUUAAGAAGAAAACUGCUAUUAAUACACAGUAUUUUAUCCCCAAGCUUUCUAAAUUGUGACUAAAAAACAGGGUGUAAAAAGAAAACGAAGAAAGAAGUGAAUUUGUCCCUUAAGGUGCAGACAAGAGAAACUGUCAUUGCAGAUCAGGAACUUGAAAUUUGAAUAGGAAAGAACAUUUGUUCUGUGUAGUACCCAUAUAAUUUAGAAGUGAAUUACCAAAUGUUUCUUUUACAGCUGUGGAGUCAGUAUAUUUAUGCUGAAUAAGUUCAAUAGUUUCAGUAAAAAUAGUUGAAACAAAAAUGUAGAGAAUGGGAACUGUUGAAUAAUUCCUAUGGGGGCAAGUACCUUUUUCUAUAUGUUUAAAUUGGUUUAGUAGAGAACAUGCAUUUGCAACUGUCCCCAAUAAAAUCUAGAUUUGAAUUAUACUAUAUUUAAAACAUGCUUUUUAAAUCUCAGUGGCAUACAAUUCUGUGCUAACUUUGAUGCUUUUAUUUGCUAUAAUUACAUUUCUAGUGUAGUAUGGGAUAAUCUGAUCAACUUCUACUAUAUCUUUAUUAUUAUGCUUAAGUAAAUUGUGAAUGAAUCAUACAAGUAUUAUGCACAAGACAUAUGUGUCCUACACUUACUAUUCCACAUUCAAAGCCUAUUAUGCCACUGUUGAAUUCUUCCAUAUAAUUGUGCUUCUACUUUUAAAAAGAAAGCUUCCUUGUUAAAAUUUAAAUAUUUUUCUCAUAGUUAAAUAUGUUUUUUUAAAACAAAACAUAAAUGUGCAUAUAAUACAGGGAUACAAAAUGUUGCAUGGUCAAGGACCACACCCUUAAAGAGUGUGUGAGACUGCUGUUGCAAUGGUGGAAUACAAUAAAUUGUGAACUUUUAUGAUGUAA